GUACUCAACAUUCUGUAAAUCUCUUGUUUAAAUCUUUCUCUCAUAUUUACGUGCACACAAAUAAAUAAAUAUAUAUAUAUAUAUAGCCACCACCAGCACAACUCAUCGGCACACUUGCGUGUGGUAUAUAGAUUGAAGCAGGUCAGAAAAAAUCUGAGAGCUUCAAAGAAAGAAAAAAAAUGGGUUUGAAGGAAGAAUUCGAGGAGUAUGCUGAGAAAGCCAAGACCCUGCCCGAGAAUACUUCCAACGAAAACAAGCUUAGUCUGUAUGCACUCUACAAGCAAGCCACGGUUGGACCGGUGAAUACCGACCGUCCUGGCUUUUUCAACAUGAGGGAAAGGGUUAAGUGGGAUGCAUGGAAGGCUGUUGAAGGGAAAUCCAAGGAGGAAGCAAUGAGUGAUUAUAUCACUAAGGUGAAACAGUUGCAGGAAGAAGCUGCUACUGCUUCUGCUUGAUUUUAUGUAACUGUGCAUUUCUUCCUAAAUCUUGUGUAGGAAGAAAAUAUGAAAAAAUACUAGUAAUAAUAAACAUUAGGAGCUUCCGUACUGGUACUGUAUCUGUGUUGAAUUUCUAUGUUAUUGAAUCAGAUGUAUUGGGUCCUUUAAUUGCGUA